AUGUCUAAAUGGUCACAUUUCCCUUACAAGGCUCAGAAGCUUCAUAUUUUUCUCUCCACAUUAUGGCAACAUCCAGACAAUUCUGUGUUUGCUUUUGUUCUCUCUACAGAUCCCUGGGACUUUGCAACGAAAAUGGAGGAGAUACUGUCACUUGUGAAACAAAUGCAGAAUGUGGAAAUUCUGGAGCCAAAAGUUGAAGAGCUAGUAAAAAGGAUCAAUAAACUGCAGCAAGCCAAGAAGAUAUUAAGUGAGGAGCUCUCUGAGGCAAAUGAGCAUAGCCAGACACUGCAAAGGGAACUGGAAAUAUUAAAUGCUGAGAAGUCAAGCCUUGAGGAAAUAUGGAGUGAAAUGAAAGGGACACGACAAAUUGUACAGCUGCACUGUGAAGAGACAGAAACAGAGACGCAGAGGCAGCAGAAAAUGAACCUAGAGCGUAAACAGCGAAUUGAAGAACUCACAGCCAAGAUCCAGGAAGAGAGAGUGAAGCAAAGAGACCAGAGACUGGAGUUUGAGCACCUACUUAAUGAGCUGAUGGAGAAGCACAAGAGUCUCUGGGAGCUUUACGCUAGGGAGAAACCAGCAGUGGCUGACAUAAGAGAGAAGAAGGAGUGUUUGCUCAGUGAAGAGAAAAUGAUCCAGGAGAAACUGGCCCAUGCCCAUGAGGAAUUAGAUUUGAUUAGCCAGUCGGUCUUCAUUAAGGAGAGGGAGUUCCUGAAGAGCCAGGAGGCUGCAACAGCCUUGAAGUUGUUUCAAGAGGAAAACAAGGCAGCAAAAGAAUACCUUGAAGCAGUCUCUAAGUACCAUUCUGAUUUGAAGCAAAGAUGUAGCAGGUAAGCAGUGGGAGUGAACUGAGG